AUGAGCAGCUUGAUACCCAAGAGACCAAAACUUCUUGACACUAGAGCCAAAAAAAAGAACUUUGACUUGUCAUCAGAACAAGAAAAAACUCCUAUUAUAGAAGUAGAAACAGCAAAUACACCAUAUUUACCAAAUAGUAAACCAAGUAAAAACAAUAACCAAGGUGAUGAAAACUGGACCAGUAAUAUAGAACAAGAAGAAAAACCAGUUG